CGUCUACCAACUUACUUUCAACCUCCCUCCCUCCCUCCCACCCAUCCCCCCCAAUCGCGCCGACACACAGGAAAAGAACGAAUCAGAACAUCGUAUCGCUCGGAUAGAAUAAUCGAAAGAAUCGGCCUAGCUAGCUCCUCCUCGACCUCCUCCACGUCGCAUCCCCUUGCGAUCCUUCCUUUACGCACGAACUCCCUCAACCCUAGCAACACCAUCCAUCGUCGUCACCACCAACAAACGAUUUUCCUCUUCAACAUCGCCUCGACGGCGGGAAACGUUCCCGUCUAGACACCGCAACUAUUCCAUACGGUAGCAGGAAUUCCCUGCUUGGAGGCGGAGGCCCGCGUUCAAGAGGGAUGGUUUACCGCCCGACGACACCGUGGAGUUGGAGCUUUUUGAUUUUGGCGUUUGUGCAGUCGUGCGUAGUGCUGGCAUGUGAAGGAUAUGUCUUUGCGACUUUCCAGAACAACUUGAUCAAGAACAAUAUCUUGGAUCUGAAACCAAAGAAUGACACGAUCGCGGCGUACUCGGAGGUCGAGUUCCAGAAGGCGCAGACGCGAACCAUCCCUACCUACCUGACGCUGUUCAUCUUCGCCCACAUCUUCCUGGUUGCUCUUUGCUACGAUGCGCUUCGUCUUAAGAACACGAUUCAGGUCAUCGGUAUCUGCAUCUUCAACCUAGCGAUGCUCAUCUAUGCUGCCAUCCAGAUGGAUCAGAUCAACGAUGCGAACGAUGCUCUUUCACCGGAUAAGAUCCAAGAUAAGAAUCUGAAGCUCAUGGAAACCGACAUCUGGGGCGCCAUUAGGCCGUUCCUGAUUACCAUUCCUUGCGUGAUCGCACUGUCGACUGUUCUCAUGGGUGUUGUGUGCUGGAAGUUGUACGAUGAGUUUGCAUGGCGCAUCUACAAGCAUAUCAGUGCCGACCUUCGCAUGAAGAAGCGUUACCUCACCUUCCAGAUUUUCAUCGCCCUCCUGAAAUUCGACUUUUUCUUCUUCGUCGGAUUCACGGUUCAAUUCAUUGUCAUCGUCGCGUCCACCACCGGGUUCACCAAGAACCAGAGCAACACGAUCGGCGGGAAGGAUUACGAGUUUUAUGUCACCAUUGCUGCACUGCCAAUCACCAUUGCCUUCCUAGCGACGGCUGCAUUCUUCACCCGUAGGGAGAAGAGGGGUGUCAUGUGGGGUGUCGUGGUCAUCCUGUUCGCGGCGUUGGCAUACUUCAUAUUCAAGCUGGUGCGCAUGUGGACCCCGACCUACGAGGAGACGUACAAGCCUGCUCGACGAAGUUUGACUACUUUCGCCGUGAUCACCAUCUUGCUCAUAAUACUGACGAUCAUAAAUGCGAUCGCCUGCAUUAUGAACUUCGACAAGGGCCUCAAGCCGCACAUCACCAAGAGAAAGGUGACGGACGAGGAAGACAAGAACAGCAUGACAGAGAUGAGUGCGCACAUGUCUCAACCUAUGCAAUCGAGGAUGACGAUAGAUUGAAGGAUACAAAAAAAUGAGAAAAAAAUAUUGGCUGGGAAUUCGGGUAUUCAUUGGGAAUUAUCUUCCGUUUUUUUUUCUUUGUGGAUGCACUUGUGUUUUGUUCUUUUUUCUUUUCCGUGUGAUCUAUUUUCUUGUGUCCCUUGUUUUUUUGUUGUCCGACGAUGUAUCAAAGUCUGGCCGGCGUUUUAUUUGAGAUCCAUAUCCGAUAUCCAAUCUUCCUUCUUCUUCUUUCCCAAGCCUUUU